AUGGAUUCAAUCUGUGAUAUUGAUGUCGAAUCACUGUUCUCAACCUAUGGAGAAAAAUAUACGCAUGAAAUCGAGGUAUUGACACAACUAAUUGAAAUUUGUCUAUUAGAAGAUUCUAUUCAUAAUAAUCAAAACAAACAAGUUCUUCUUUCCAAUCUCAAGAGACGAAUAGUUAUUAAUUGUACUAUUGAAAAAUAUCAAAGUGUUCUUGAUGAUAUUGAAAUUUUUGAAGAAUACGAUGGUGUAUUCGAUGUAGAACUUGUUCUUGCAAGGGCAGAAGCUCGUCUGGCUUUGUUUUUCAAAUCAACUAUCGGCGAACUUGAAUAUGCACAAAAUAACUAUGGUCAUAAUUUCAAGAAACAAAUUCGUUGUAUCAAAGCAAUCAAUAUUAGAAAAUGGUUUGAAAAGUAUGUUAAACACAAAUUAUUCUAUUUAAUUGAAAGAUCACAAUUAUUGAAAAGAAGAUGUUAA